AUGUCGGACGCUUCGAUUCUGCGACCCAGCGGGCUAGCCCACGUCGUCUUCAGGACAGCCAACAUCAAAUUGAUGGUGGAUUUCUGGUCCAAUUUUCUAGGUGCAGAGCGUGUAUUCGAAAACGAGUACAUUGCUUUUCUCCGCUAUGAUGAAGAACAUCACCGCGUCGCUAUCAUCAAUGACGAAAGCACAGGCCCUCGUUCGGCAACCGCAGCUGGACUUCAUCAUGUGGCUUUCACAUACGAUAUACUCCAAGGACUCCUUAAAGCCUGGGAGCUGAGAGAGAAGCUUGGAAUCAAGCCAACCUGGUGUGUCAACCAUGGCCCUACAACUAGUGUUUACUAUAAAGACCCGGAUGGCAAUGGUAUCGAGACUCAAGUCGACAAUUUUGAUACCGUUGAGGAGGCCACUGAAUUUAUGACAUCGAAUUCCUUCCGCGAAAAUCCCAUUGGAACAGACUUUGAGCCGGGUGAGCUGCUUUGCCAGCUACGGGCGGGUGCGGAUGAGAAGUCCUUGAAAAAACGGGUUGAGAUUGGGGUUAGACAUGAUAUUCCAGCGGCAGUGUGA